AUGAAAGUGGCGUAUAGUUUGUAUUGUGAGAAUCACGACCAGUUGCAACCUCUUUGGAUCAAAUAUCAAGGCCAAUUGGAAGCCAAACAAUACCUACAGAGAGGGUUGGAUGUAAUGCGAGAAAAGACCAACUGUUUUGACAUACCAUCGGUGCUCAUAAAACCGGUGCAACGAAUACUCAAAUAUCCAUUGCUUUUAAAUGAAUUGCAUAAAUGCACUGAAGACGGACACGAAGACAAACCGGAUCUGAUUCUGGCCAUCGAUCGCAUCGCCGAUAUGGCCACUCAUAUCAAUGAAUUCAAACGCAGACAGGAUUUGGUCUACAAAUACCGCACCGAAUCAUCUCAUAAACUCACGUCUCGUCUUUCGAAACUCAAUUUACAUACAGUUAUAAAGAAAGGCUCGCGUUUGGGACACAGAAUCAGCUCUACGUUAGGUCUUUCUAACGUCACUAAAGACGACGAGUUUAAUGGAGUGAUGCAGAAGUUUCGAGCCGUCGAGAAGACAAUUAAGAUCUUCGCUAAAGACAAGGAGGCGUUUAUGAAAUCAGUGGAAGACUUCUCUAAGCAGGGUUUGAUUGCAGUGGAAGCCAUCGCCGAGUAUUACGAUAAGAGGAAUAAGCAACAAGAAGUGGAUCAGUUGAGGACAACUCAUAGAGUUAUGGUUCAACAGUAUUGGCAACAAUUUGAUUCACAAGUAAAUACUGAUGUGACGCCAGUAUUGGAUAAAUUGAUGGCUAAAUUUUCGGGGCCCAAUAAACUUAUAGCCAAACGUUUCGACAAACUCACUGAUUAUGAUUCGUCGUCUAAGAAACUCGAGUGCAAUAAAGACACGACACGACAGAGAGGUCUUCAAGAACAGCAACAGUUGGCUAAACAUGUCUACGAAGCGCUCAACACUCAACUCAUUGAAGAAUUGCCACAACUGUGCGCUCUAUCGUUGCAAAUACUUGACGAUUGUAUACAAGCUUUUCUAUUAGCCCGCAAACGGCUUAUCGGUCGCAUUGCUAAACACCACUUAGCGCUUCUCGAGUUGCCAUUAGUGCUGGGUUUUGCUAACGGCUCGUCGGCCGACAUAACCGAGACUUUUCACAUCAAACAUAACUUAAUUACUGAGAAACUGUUGGCAGAGAUUUCCCUUUUGUCGACACAAACAUUUCCAAACGUUACCACUUCUCUUGGUUUUCACUCAUCACAGUCUGAUUUGAGAAGACAAUCCACCCGUUCUUCCAGAAGGAGUUCCCAAUUAAGCAAUGUUAACAUAUCGGUAGCUAAAACUGUUGGCGUCAACACCAAUACAAAUAAAAAUGUGAAUCAGUCGGCAUCACAGCGUAUGUAUCUUCAGGCUCGAUACCAAUCUCAUCAGUUAUAUGUGGCGACAGCCGCUUACGAGGCCAUCGAUGUGUUGGACAUAUAUCUAAAUGUUGGUGAUUUAGUAGGUGUUGUUAAAAGACAAGACCCAAUGGGGAACAGCCAUCGGUGGUACGUCGACACCGGUAGUGCUCAGGGAUUCGUUUUGUCAAACAUUUUGAUUGUAUAUCACGACGACUCGUGGGUUACACCUCCUAACGCUCCCGAAAUGAGCGCUCGACCGCAAACUUUAUACGAAAGUCCAGAAAAGAGAGCGUUAUGUUUUAGCGAAAACCAAAAAUCGCUUCAAAGCCAAUACAACUCGAGUCCACUUAACGACAGCUCAAACUCGGGCUCAUCGUUAGCACAACAUCAAUACAAAGUUCAUCCAACGCCUGACUUUCCCGUCCAUUUGCGGCACGACAUCGAAACACAUCGUUACGAAGAGGUGAAUGACUCGCCCCCUCGCUAUAGUCGGCUCGAUAUACCUAAUAGUCGGGACAAUAGUCUACUCUCUUUUGAUGAGAGCGUCGACGAGAAACAGCGGUUCCAAAACAAACUCGACCACAGUUUUGAUGAAUUUGAUCCUUUGUAUGCAUCAAAUGAUCCACAAUUGGCCUCAACUAUCGCGUCGACUGAUCACCGAUACGAAGAGGUUCCCGAAGAGAAGACGAGUCCACCGCAAAGGCAGUGGUUGUCUGACACUAACUUACAUUUCGCCGCCUAUCCAUUCAAAGCUGUUGACACAAAUCAGAUGAGUCUAGAAUUUGGUCAACCCGUGGCAGUGCUUAAAGAUCGAGACCUAAACGGCAACACCCAGUGGUGGUUCGUCGAGGACAGAGAGGGCCGUACGGGAUAUGUGCCCUCAAACUACCUACAAAAGUAUCAAACAAAAUGA